AUGGACCAGGUGGGCACCUUCUGCGGCUCCGUGGGGGGCGUCUGCGGCUGGUCCUGCGGCGCCACGAUCAGCGCCGCGCGGCUCCCGGGCUGCGGCAGCGACAACCGCAUCGACGUGACGUCCAACAGCGUGGCAGGGCUUCAUACCACGGCGGACUUCCAGGGCACCAUCGACCUGCAGGAGUGCAUGGAGGGUGCCGAUGAAGACGGAGGGUGCAUGACAUCGCCCAAUGCCUUUCAGCACUGGAACUGUCCGCAGUGCAAGUACGACCCCAACCCCGUGGGCAGCGACAUGGACAUCAGCUUGGACGAAGAAGCCAGUCCCACACGCAUUUACACCUCCCUGCCGAGGAUGAAAGUCACCCUCCGAGGCGCCCAGAGUCCCAAAGCCUCGAACCUCUUCAACCAGCCGCGCGUGGUGAUGUUGCGCUCCUCCGUCGCGGAGACGGGCGUGUGGAAGAAACUCUACAUGAAGGACACCGGGAAGUUUGAGCUGCCAGUCUUGGUCGAUGCUCCCACUAAAGACCCGGAUGCCGAGUCCGACGAGGAGGGCUCCACAGUCUUCGACGCCUAUACCAAGCAGGCGAUGAUCCUGCGGCAGCCGAGCCGCUUGGCGAUGCAGCCGGACUGGUGCUUCGGGCCUCGAGGCCCCUUGUACUUGGUGGCCUGUGCAGUGAACAGCACCUUGUACGAGAAUGAAGACUUCAAGAACUUCACCGCAGGGCAACGGGUGGCGCCGCCGCCGUUCAACGACCGCUGCGUGGCGGUCAGCGGACGCUGCGGCAGCGCGUGCAGCGGCGCGGCGCAGCACCUGGACAGGUGCACAGCUGAUGGCUACAUCGAGCAGUCGGCCUUGGUGGGAAAGAUCUUGCCGCAGAAGAACGAGUCCAUCUCGGUGUGGCUCUUCGUGUUCCUGCUCCUGCUCGGAUUCGCGGUGAAGGUGGCCGUGCUGUGCCCGGGCAUCUUCCGGUCCUAUCCGCACUACCGCAGGUAUAUCCCGGACCUCACCGAGGAGCUCCGCUUCAUCGUGGUGUGCGUCACCAGCAACGACGAGAGCCGAGCGCUGGCGCUGCGGAGCUUGAUCGGUGCGGUGAGCGCCAUCCCCGCGGAGUGUCGGUGUCGCUACCACGUGGCUUAUGUGGACGAAGGUCAUCGCCCGGUGCACAAGGCGCUUUGGAUGAAGUUCUGCCACCUGGUGGCCGCGAUCCCACAAG